UAGCAUAAAGCAACACCAUAUAUAGACUAUACUCCUAUACUCAGUUUUUGCAUCCUACUUCUAUAUUGCUCAUAGCUUGCCUGAUAGUGAAGCAGAGAAAUGACUCCAUUAUUCCAAAUGGCUCAUUGAGAAUCUUUUUCUUUUUGCCCAAUAUUUAUUUAAAAAUUUAUUAAAAAUCUUGCCACUUUUUUCUUCAUUUUAUAUUUACAUCACUUUCCUUUCACCAGUAGAAAAGAAAAAGAAAGAAAUGUUUUAGGGUGUUGUGCUGCUUAUUAGGAGUAACAAAGGAAGGUCAGCACUGCACGCUUUGCUUACUCAACCAAAUUUCAUACUCCUACUAUUUUUGAACAAGAGUUCCUCUUGGAUGUGGGUCUUUAUUUGCCAUUUGAGUUCUGGUUAACAUACUUUAGAGGAGAUUAUCAUUAAUUCUAGUCUGUUUUAGAGGUUAAGAGGAGAAUUUAAUAAGAAAUAUCAUCUGGGUAUUUGAACAAAUUUUGAAAUUGUGUGAAAAAUGGCUGAAAGUAGUCCAAAAUUGUUGGAUUUGAUACCAAAAGAGAAGGAAAAGAUGGGUAUGGAGGAAAAAAGAUAUGGGUGUUCUUCUGAUGAGAGAAAGCUUGAACUUAGCCUUGGUUUACCCGGUGAUAUAAACUGGUCUAUUAAAACCAACCCAAAAAAUUGCACCUCAUCUGUUAGAGAGAGAGAGGAUUCACUUCUCUCUCUAGGGUACUUUACUUCUAAGAACAACAAUGGUGGUGUUAUUGGGUGUAGGCAGGAACAGAAUCAUCAUCCAUGGUCAUCUUCUUCACAACAAACUACAACUAGUAGUUCUCCAUUCCUGCAAAAGCAUCAAAAGUACCAAACAUGUCCUAAGCAACACAAUGGUCUGCCUGUUAUGGUGAAGGAACCAUCACAGACAUGUUGCACUAGAAUAGUAGAUUUGCAGACUGCAGAAAAGAAGACAUUUUCACCACCUUCUGUAAACACAGCUGUGCCCAAUAGUUCCCAGAAAAGAGCUGCUCCAGCUCCGGUUGUUGGUUGGCCACCAAUUCGAUCAUUUCGAAAGAACCUUGCUAGUAGCUCCGGAAAGGCAGUUUCUGAGUCACAAACCGAGAUUCCAAGUAAGACGGUGAAUCAAAAACCGAGUGAGGACAAUAAUACUCAAAAGGGCCUGUUUGUUAAGAUCAAUAUGGAUGGUGUACCUAUUGGACGUAAAGUCGAUCUCAGUGCAUAUAAUAACUAUGACAGCCUCUCGUCUUCUGUCGAUGAGCUUUUUCGAGGGCUUCUUGCAGCUCAAAGAGAUUCUGGUGGUGCAAUAGAAAACAAACAAGAAGAGCAUAAACCAAUUACAGAUUUGCUAGAUGGAAGUGGAGAAUAUACUUUGGUGUAUGAGGAUAAUGAAGGAGACAGGAUGCUUGUUGGAGAUGUUCCAUGGCAUAUGUUUGUGUCGACUGUCAAGAGGUUACGAGUUUUGAAAAGUUCUGACCUUAUGUUAAGCUGGGGAAGCAGUAAAGAAAGCAAAAAAUUGGUUGAGAGUUCAUCCAAGUAAAAGAGAAGCUAAAACUAAAUGAUUGCAUAUUCGAAUCGAUGAAUGGUUCAUCUGUAUUAAAGUAAUUGAUCUUAAGCCUUUCCUUUUGGCUAUGAGAGAAAAAAUUGAAGCCAAGAUUUGUGUAUUUUUCGUUGUUUUGGAUAUUUAAUUUCUAAAAUGAUAAAUUAACUCUUCGGAAAGUUGUCUACUUUUUGUUUAUGUAAACAUAAUGUUCUCUGAAUUCUAAAAUUGAAAAUUUUCUCUAUUAUUAAGUACUAAUUUUAUGCA